UUCUCUCUUCACUUACGCCUUCUACUACCUCUGUCAGUCAUCAAUGGCGGCUGCUGCAUCCUUCUCUCCCUCUGUGGCUGCAUCUUCAUCCUCGUCUAUUACUUCAUCCAAAACCGUAAAGCAGGCUCUAGGUUUCAAUCUAGGCUUCCUUUCUUCUUCCUCUUCGAGGAAUGCAUUCCGCUCUCUCAGAGCUCUUGCUUUUCCCUCCAACGUAGCUGGUUCAGCUCUCGGAGCUCGCAUGGUAUCCAGUCCGGCUAUCAAGACGCUUCCUUCGCUCGACUUCGAGACAUCCGUCUUCAAGAAAGAGAAAGUGACACUUGCCGGAAACGAUGAGUUUAUUGUAAGAGGAGGGAGGGAUCUGUUCCCCUUGCUUCCGGAGGCAUUCAAAGGCAUUAAACAAAUUGGUGUAAUUGGUUGGGGAUCACAGGGUCCAGCUCAAGCUCAGAAUCUUAGAGAUUCACUUCAAGAAGCAAAAUCAGAUAUUGUUGUCAAAGUUGGUCUGAGGAAGGGAUCUAGCUCAUUUGCUGAGGCUAGAGCUUCUGGUUUCUCUGAAGAGAAUGGAACCUUGGGUGACAUCUGGGAGACUGUAUCAGGCAGUGAUUUGGUGCUUCUUCUGAUUUCUGAUGCUGCCCAGGCUGACAAUUUCGAGCAAAUAUUCUCCCACAUGAAGCCGAACAGUAUACUUGGACUUUCCCAUGGGUUUCUUCUAGGUCACUUGCAGUCAAUUGAUCUUGAUUUCCCCAAGAACAUCAGUGUUAUAGCUGUAUGCCCAAAAGGAAUGGGUCCAUCAGUGAGGAGACUCUAUGUUCAAGGAAAGGAAGUCAAUGGAGCUGGAAUAAAUUCCAGUUUUGCUGUCCAUCAGGAUGUUGAUGGUAGAGCCACAAAUGUCGCCUUAGGAUGGUCAGUGGCUUUGGGUUCACCAUUUACCUUUGCUACCACACUGGAGCAGGAAUACAAGAGUGACAUUUUUGGCGAAAGAGGCAUUUUACUUGGUGCUGUACAUGGGAUUGUGGAGACCUUGUUUAGAAGGUAUACGGAGAAUGGGAUGGAUGAAGAUUCGGCAUACAAGAAUACUGUUGAGUGCAUAACAGGGAUUAUUUCGAAGACCAUAUCAACUCAGGGGAUGAUUGCUUUGUACAAUUCCCUCUCAGAUGAGGGGAAGAAGGAGUUUGAAGCUGCAUACAGUGCUUCAUUCUAUCCCUGUAUGGAUAUACUAUAUGAAUGCUAUGAAGAUGUUGCUAGUGGCAGUGAGAUUCGAAGCGUUGUAUUGGCUGGAAGGCGCUUUUAUGAAAAAGAGGGUUUGGCUGCUUUCCCCAUGGGUAAUAUUGAUCAAACCCGAAUGUGGAUAGUAGGUGAACGCGUUCGAGCUUCACGUCCAGCAGGUGACCUCGGUCCUCUUCAUCCCUUUACUGCAGGUGUCUAUGUUGCCCUGAUGAUGGCCCAGAUUGAGGUUCUAAGGCAAAAGGGACAUUCCUACUCGGAGAUCAUCAACGAAAGUGUAAUCGAGGCUGUGGAUUCUUUGAACCCUUUCAUGCACGCACGUGGAGUCUCGUUUAUGGUUGACAACUGCUCGACCACAGCUCGUCUAGGAUCAAGAAAGUGGGCACCCAGAUUUGACUACAUUCUGACUCAACAGGCUUUGCCGGCUGUGGACAGCGGUGCUGAAAUCAACAGAAAUCUCAUCAACAGCUUCUUUAAGGACGAAGUCCAUGAUGCCAUGGAGAUCUGUGCGAAGCUUAGACCUGUUGUUGAUAUCUCUGUGCCGGCCGAUGCUGAUUUCGUCCGUCCUGAACUGCGUCAAAAGGUUUAAAUCUUAAGUUCAGUGGAGUUUUAGUGAGAUUUUCAGUUGAGAGUUUUAGUACUAGCUUAUUAUAAGUUGUGGUUGGCGUUAUUAAUUGCAACGGGUAUGAGUACUUGAAUAAUAACUUGUUAAAUUUUUGGGCACAAGGUUUGUUAAUCUGGUGACAACUUUGAAUUAUAAUUCAAUUGCUGCUUGAUGUUGACAAUAAUAGUUCAGAACAUUUGGUAAGA